CUGACUUAAAAAAUUGGAGCGAGUAAUCGCCAACAAUGGUGCAGUUCCACCAACAUAUAAUCAGCGAUCUCCUGGAAGAGCCCAGCGGCGGCGUAGUCGUCCUCUCCGCCGGCCUCGGCCUCCCCAAACUCGUCUCUACACUCCUCACCCUCCAUGACGCCUCCCAGGGCUCCGUCCUCAUCCUCAACGCCUCUCCUUCCCAGAAGGCUUCCAUCGACGCCGAUUCUCACUUACCCUCCAUCACCGCUGACCUCUCCCUCCCCCACCGCCUCUCUAUCUACACCUCCGGAGGCAUCUUCUUCAUCACCGCUCGGAUUCUCAUCGUCGAUUUGCUCACUCGCCGCUUCCCCACCACUGCCCUCGCCGGAAUUCUCCUCCUCAAUGCCCAUUCACUUUCCGAUACUUCAACGGAGGCUUUCAUCGUUCGGAUUCUGCGCUCCUUGAAUCGCUCUCUCUACGUUCGAGCCUUCUCCGACUGCCCUCAGGCCAUGGUUUCCGGCUUCGCCAAAGCUGAGCGCAUCCUUAAGUGCCUUCAUCUCCGCAAACUCCAUCUCUGGCCUAGGUUUCAGGUUUAUGUUUCACAGCAUUUGGAAAGGGACCCUCCAGAGGUUAUUGACAUUCGUGUCCCUAUGUCGACUUACAUGAUUGGGAUUCAAAAGGCAGUGAUAGAAGUGAUGGAUGCUUGUUUAAAGGAGAUGAGGAACACUAACAAGGUUGAUGUGGAGGAUUUGACUGUGGAGAACGGGUUGUUCAAGUCUUUUGAUGAAAUUGUGAGGAGGCAGUUGGAGCCUAUAUGGCAUACAUUAGGAAAGAGAACAAAACAGCUAGUCUCAGAUUUAAAGUCAUUGCGGAAGUUGUUGGAUUAUCUCGCAAGGUAUGAUGCAGUUACUUACCUGAAGUAUCUGGAUUCCCUUAGAGCCUCUGAGAGUUUUCGAUCUGUUUGGAUCUUUGCUGAGUCUAGUUACAAGAUUUUUGAGUAUGCAAAGAAGCGGGUUUAUCAUUUUGGUAGGUCAGGUAGUGGGAAACCGAUUGGAUUGGGUAAGGUUGGAUCAACCAAGAAGAGAAAACUAGACGAAAGGAACAAGGAUGAAGAUGCUGCAACUACUGGUUUAGUGCUGGAGGAAAUCUUGGAGGAACCACCAAAGUGGAAGGUGUUACAAGAUAUUCUCUUGGAAAUACAAGAAGAGAGACAGAAGCAAGAAAUUUCCGGACAAGAAUCAGUAGUUGGGAAUGAAGAUGAUGAAAAUGGAAAUAUACUUGUGGCUUGCAAAGAUGAGCAUUCAUGCAUUCAGCUUCAAGAUUGCAUCACAAAAGGCAGGCAUAAGGUAAUUCGAGAGGAAUGGGAAAAAUAUUUGCUGAGUAAAGUGGAGCUACAGGCUUUACCAAAAUUCAAAAAAAAGAAACCAAAAGCACCCAAAGGUAUUGGACUUCUUGACGGAGUCGUUCCCUCUGUUUCUGGACAGAAAGCUGACGUAAGUAGCAUAAACAAGCUAGAAAAUGAUGCACUGAUGGCUGCAGCACAUGAAAUAAGUAAAUUGGCAAAAGUGAAUAGUGACAGAGAAGGUGGACGUGGAACCAAUAAAGAACAUGGGAAAAGUGAAGGAAAAAAGAAAAAACCUGUGUUUAGCGAACCUGACCCUGAAUCUGAUACUGGUGUUCAACCUAAGAUUCCAACCCUAAAACAUGAUAAAGUGCAAAAUCCUAUUGCUGGUCAUGUUCUUAAAAAUGCAUCUGAGAGUGAGUGUUUGGACAGAAGAAUUCUACGAAAGCAUGCUCAAGAACCAGAAAAUGUCCUGCUGUCAUCAGUGUUUUUUCAUGCCCUGGAGAAUGAUAAGAAUAUACUUGAUAUUUUGCAGCCCUCUAUCAUAAUUCUUUACCACCCUGACAUUGCUUUUGUUAGAGAAAUUGAAGUCUACAAAUCUGAGAAUCCCUCGAAGAGGUUGAAAGUUUAUUUUCUAUUUUAUGAAAAUUCUACUGAAGUUCAGAAAUUUGAGGCAAGUAUACGUAGGGAAAAUGGAGCAUUUGAAUCACUGAUCAGACAGAAGUCUCUAAUGAUGGUAUCUGUUAGUCAGGAUGACCAAUUUUUGGGGAUAAAUUCUUCCCUGGAGCCCCAGUCAGUCACUGCCCAAAACAUGAUUACCAGAAAAGCUGGUGGAAAGAAAGGAGUAGAAAAAGAAAUGCAGAUCAUAGUGGACAUGAGGGAAUUUAUGAGCAGCCUUCCAAAUGUACUCCACCAGAAAGGCAUGCGUAUUGUACCAGUGACUCUGGAAGUUGGAGAUUACAUUCUGUCCCCACUGAUAUGUGUUGAGCGUAAGAGUAUUCAAGAUCUCUUUAUGAGUUUUUCAUCAGGCCGUUUGUAUAACCAGGUGGAAAUGAUGUCGCGCUACUAUCGUAUACCUGUCCUCCUGAUCGAGUUCUCACAGGAUAAAAGCUUUUCCUUUCAGUCUGCAAAUGAGAUAAGUGAUGAUGUUACACCAACAAGCAUUAUAUCCAAGUUGUCGUUGCUCGUUCUCCAUUUUCCUCGUCUGCGCAUUGUUUGGUCGCGCAGCUUGCAUGCCACUGCUGAAAUUUUCUCUACUCUUAAAGCGAAUCAAGAUGAACCUGAUGAGGCUAAGGCAAUUAGAAUUGGUGUCCCAUCAGAAGAUGGUAUUAUCGAGGAUGAUAUCAGAGCUGAAAAUUUUAAUACAUCAGCGGUUGAGUUCCUUAGACGGCUUCCUGGGGUCACAGAUUCCAAUUAUCGGUUGAUAAUGGAUAAAUGUAAAAGCUUGGCAGAAGUUGCCCUACUUCCAAUGGAGGAGCUAGCGGUGUUGACGGGAGGUCACAAAGCUGCCAAAACCUUGAGAGAUUUUCUUGAUGCCAAGUUUCCCACCUUGCUUUAGAGCUCUUUUGAUUUUUAGCCAGUAGCAGCCGUGUGUGCAUGGGAGCAAGGUGGAGUUGCGGCAUAUGAGAUCAAGGCUUGAGCCGAGGAGUUAGUUAGUGAACUAGCCGUUAGAAGAAGUUUGUUGUAACUGAUUAAGUGCAAAGCUCAUGCACUCAAUCAUUGUAGUUAAGUAGUUAGUUCAUAGCUCAAUAGUUAAGAGUGAAGAGCUCGGUUGUUAGUUAGAUAGAGCACGUUUUCUGUUCCAUUCAUUCUUCUUCAAUGAGAGUUUACAUUCCUCGUUACUAAAGAGUUCUUGAUCGGAUAUUAUUGAUAAUCAACAUAGAAACUAACAUUUAGAUAAUGUCUCCUUGGUUAAUUAGUGAAAAAUAGUUACCUAUGUACUUGAUUGUAUUACAAUGUGUACAGCGCAUGUUUCUUGACUUACAAUCACACGGGGAAGUGUUUUAUUGACUAA